AUGUCAUCGCCAAGUAUGGGGAACACUACUGCGAGGAUGUUUGAAUGUUUGGUGGGGCAGCUGCAGAGAUCAGAUCAAAGCAUUGUCAACGGUACAAAGAAAGGUAGAUAUGCUGUGAAUAUGAUUGAUACCACGAUCCGUCUUCGUCGCGCAAUUCACACCCCCGAUGCAUCCCUCGUGAAACGAAUCCUCAAAUCUCAUCCCAAUCUUCUUCAUAACCCCGAUUUAUCACCUCAUGGUCUCUCCAACACAUCUCUACAUCUUGCCUGCUCCCUUGGCCACCUAGAUGUUGCAUCUCUCCUCCUAUCUCUAGGUCAUGAGUCCCUAUCUAUCUCUCUCAAUGAAGAACAUCAGACGGCUCUCAUGCUCGCCGCCACCGCUGGGCACACCGACAUUGUGAAUUUGCUCUGCAUGCAGGGUCCCGCUGUAUCCGGUAUCCUAAGACGCGAUGUGAGAGGUCGAGAUGCAAUUAUGUAUGCCAGUCGUGGAGGUCAUGAUACCUGCUUACAGAUUCUUCUUACAUUUGCUGCAAUAUAUAAAGAUCCGAAAGAAGUAUUAGCAAAUUCCGACGUGGAUGGAAAUACGGCGUUACAUUUUGCGAGCAGUAAUGGACAUAUGUUGGUACUGAGAACAUUGUUGGCUGCAGGGGCGGAUGCGGAGAGGAGAAAUGUUUGGAUGUGGACGCCGAUUGCAUACAGCUCUACUAUACAGGCAGAGGUAUAUUUCAAAAAGUUGGUGAGUGAAGUUGGGAAGAGGAAGGAGACGGGAGUGGAAGUUAAGGCUAGUAGUACCUCUUUUCCCGGGUUUGGGAGAGGAAACAAGAAAGGAGCGGGGGUGAGGAUUGUUGAAGUUGGGGAUGAGUGA